AUGUCCUCCGACUUCCAAUCCAUUCCAAUCAUUGAUCUCUCCCUCGCCAACUCACCCGCGACCCGUCCGGGACUCCUGCAGCAGCUCCACCAGGCUCUCAUCCAAGUGGGGUUCUUGUACGUCUCGAAUCACGAGGUUCCACAAAAUGUCGUAUCCGACCUGAAAGGAGUCCUUCCUCAGCUUUUCAAUCUAGACCUGGAGCACAAAGAGGAGGUGGCUUUGCAUAACUCCCCUCAUUUCUUGGGCUACAGUCAAAUCGGCUCAGAAACAACCGCCGGGGUACAAGAUCAGCGCGAGCAGUUUGAAUUUGCAACGGAGCUCCCAAAUACCUGGUCUGAGGGGAAGCCACGGUAUGAAUUAUUGAAAGGGCCUAAUCAGUGGCCACGGGGUGAGCCGGAUAUCCGACUGAAAGUUGAGAACUACAUCCAAGAACUCACAAAGCUGAGCGAGAGAUUCUUAAUUUUGGUCGCCGAGGCUCUCGGUAUACCAGAUGAACUGCUAUUCUCAUUCUUAUCCGAUCAACAUCGUCUCAAGCUUGUGCACUACCCAUCCUCUGAUCCUUCUACCGCCUCCACCGGCCAAGGUGUCGGUCCUCACAAAGAUUCAUCCGGCUGGUGGACAUUUCUGCUACAGGCAUCCCCUCCAAAUGUCCAAGGCUUGCAGGCUCUUAACAAAAAUGGCGACUGGAUCGACAUUCCAGUAAUCCAAGACACCUUCGUUGUAAAUAUUGGGCAAGCUUUUGAAGUGGUUACUCAUGGCGUUUGCAAAGCGACAACUCAUAGAGUUCUCUCUGGGUCACUUGAGAGGUUCAGUGUACCUUUUUUCCAGGGUGUUCGAGGGAGUCUCACGAAAUCAGAAGCCUUGACCACAUUAAGGAGCUACCUUCCUACCGAAAUGUCAUCCGUGGAAACAGAUAUUGGAGCAAACAUCGACUCGGCUUUCUUGCGAGGCAAAUACGAUACAUGGGGUGAGUCUCAGCUAAGAACUAAAAUCCGCAGCCACCGCGAUGUGGGACGGAGAUUUUAUAGCGACGUGUUUGAGAAGUAUACCGAAGAUGAUAGCUGA